AUGAGCGUCCGGACGCCACCCGGACUCCUGGAACUGGCGGGGAAGAGCCUGCUAAGGGACGAGGCCCUGGUCAUCGCAUCUCUGGAGUAUCUGCCCACUGAGCUCUUCCCGCCGCUGUUCAUGGAGGCGUUCUGCGGGAGACACAGCGAGUCCCUGAAGGCCAUGGGGCUCGCCUGGCCCUUUGCCCGCCUCCCUCUGGGGGGCCUGAUGCAAAUGCCUCAGCACAAGGCCUUACAAGCUAUAUUGGAUGGGCUUGACAUCCUGCUCGCCCAGAAGGUUCGCCCCAGGAGGUGGAAACUGAAGGUGCUGGAUUUACGGAACACUGGUCAGAACUUCUGGAGCAUGUGGUCUGGAGCCAGGGCCCAGGAGCCCUCACUGAUGGGACCGGUGGCUGAGGCCAGGUCCAGGAUGAGGAAGCGCUUGGGCCCCUUGGAGGUAUUCAUAGACCUUAGCUUCAGUGAUAGGAUCCAGGAUCAGUUCUUCACCUACCUCAUCUGGUGGGCCAAGCAGAGAGAAGGGUCCCUCCACCUGUGCUGUAAGACCCUGAAGAUUUUUGCAGUGCCCAUCAAGAAGAUUAAGAAGGCCCUGGCUAUGGUGCAGCUGGACUGUAUCCAGGUGGUGGAAGUGAACUGCACCUGGAAUCUGUCCACCCUGGGGAUGUUUGCUCCUUACCUGGGUCAGAUGAGUAACGUGCACACGCUGUUUCUCUCCCACAUCCACAUGCAGGCCUCCGAAGAGGAGGAAAAGGAGAGGCAUGUCUCCCAAUUCACCUCUCAGUUCCUUAGGCUGCACCACCUCCGGAGGCUCUAUAUGGAAUCUCCCUCCUUCCUUGAAGGCCGGCUGGACCAGAUGCUCAGAAGUCUAAUUCAGCAAACAGUUGUGGAGAACAACUGUGUGACCAGCACUAUGCGUGACAUCAUGGAAGGCACAGAAAACAGGGAGUAUCUGAGCACCUACUAUGUGUCAGGCACUUUAUAUAGCUCUCAUUAA